AUGACAACGAUGCUCAUCAAAUCCGAUACUCUUGACUAUCCAGAGGUCCAGCAUCUGCUCCAGCACCACUUCACUGAGCUUCGAAGCCAAGGUCGCCCUGAGACAUCGUUUGCGCUAGACCUAACCGCUUUCCGGAACCCGUCAAUUACUCUGUAUACCGCCUGGGAGGGCGACAGUCUAUUAGGCUGCGGCGCGUUAAAGCAGCUGAGUCCGACUCAUGGAGAGAUCAAAUCGAUGCGGACAGCGCAGGGACACCUGCGGAAAGGCGUUGCCAAGGCUACUUUGAAGCAUAUCAUUGCCGAAGCGAGGGAGAGGAAGUACCACUCGUUGAGUCUGGAGACGGGGACGGACGGGAGGUUUGAAAGCGCUCGGCGGUUGUAUCUGGGGAUGGGGUUUGAGGUCUGCGGGCCUUUUGGGGAAUAUAAGAGUAGUGAUGAUAACAUGUUUCUGACAUUGAAACUAUGUUGA